AUGGAAGCGAACCCAACGACUGACUAUGCCUCAGCUUCACUAGCAACAUCGUCACCCUCAAAAAUUCUUCAAAGCCGCCCUCGAGAAAAAGUGGAAGAAGGACAGACUCGCGAAAUCGAACUCCCCACAGAUCACGACGAUGUCGUGGCCGCCUACAUCGAAUACCUCUACGCCAAAUCCCUAACCGUCGACCGCACGAUCGAAGGCCGAACCGACUUCCACCUCCUAGCGCGGCUGUACUGCUUCGGCGAGAAAGUCCUCGACGAUGCCUUCUGCAACGCGGUCAUGGCCAACAUGGUCGCCGGUAUGGACAGUAGGGAUGUCAUGGGGGAGUUUAGUUAUCCGACUGUGGAGGCUAUCAGGAUCGUCUAUGAAGGGACGCCGGCUGGAUCUCCUAUGAGGCGGUUCGUGAUUGAGAUGUAUGCGCAGCGCAUGUCGAAGGAUUGGGCUUCUGUUGAGGGGGCGCCGGUCGAGUUUAUGGUGGAGCUUGUUGGGGAGAUGUGUAGGGUUAGGUCGGCGCCGGGGCCGCAUGGGCCUGUGGGGCGGAGGGUUGGGAAGUGGUUGAAGGAGAAGAAGUGA